UUAACUGCGUAUCUUUAAUGUCAUGUGAUACAAGGUGAAGGUCGCUAAGUGGACGAUGGGUUGUUGUUUCAGCGACAGCAGCGAUAAAGAUGGAGAUGAUCCAUAUUCGGGUGGACCAAAUGAAAGAGAUCGACUUCUUCCAGAACCAACCAGUGGUGGCCAAUCAGGACCAAGCUAUAAUACACCAUCUCAGAGAAAUGUGCAGAAAGUGGAUGAACCUUCAGCCCUAGAGAAAAUAUUACACAGAACAGUUAGGAAAAUAAUAGAUGUUUCUCCUGGUGAUACUGUAGAGCAACAGGAAUACAAUGAUAGAGCAUUUCAGUACAGCAAUAGAGUAAACAUGGUCUUAGGUGGCUCCUCUAAAAUUAGAGCAAGUCGACCUCCACUACCUAACAGCAUGACCGCUCCACAUAAUGUACUUAGUUCUGCACCUGUGUCAUUAGCUGACAUUCAACUGAUAACACAGGCAACCGAGAAAGCAGCACAGGCCUUAGGUAAAGUACGAGUACAUCACAAAGAAGACCUUGUUGUACCAUUUGGAGUCCCCUGAAGGUUUGAGGACUGCUAAGUUUGUGUUUAAUAUAGAAUGCAUGGACAAAGUUUGUGACUGUUGACUGAGUUACGUCAGAGUUUAUUUCAUUCCAUCUUGUGUUACGACUAAGUCAGUGUUUGUUCAGGGAGGACUGAAAUCGCUAUAUUUCAGUCUUAUUUUUAAUGAUUUUAUAACAUUUUGUGUAUUACAUGAUAUUCCACUUUACCUUAAUUCAAACUGUAUAGAUUAUGAUAAUACUGUAAACAUACUUAUUUUAGUGGUGAUUAUAUUUUAGCACCCCUUGUGUUGCUCCAUAUGCUACGUAUGUUGCUGCUAAUUCAUGUACAUACUAAUUCAUGAUUUAAACCAUUACUAUCGUCUAUAAGACCCAAGUGUGUUAAUUUAUAAUUGCACUUAUCAGUUGAGUAUGAAGAUUUUGCUAAAUUUUGAAUACACUCAAUUUAUGUACAUUUACAGUCAAGUUUUAUUUUGCAACAGUGAAUCAUAUUUUUUGCAUAAUUAGCAAUUAAUUUGUAUUGCCUGUGGAUGAAGGGGAUUAUCUUAACAUAUAUACAUGUAUUUCUUUGUGCAAUAUACUUUUACGUGUAAAAAUGAGCAGCACUAUGAGAAAUUGAUUUGUGGGUGCAAUUUAUAUAACAGAAUUGUUUAUAUUUUAACCAUUUUAUCUGCUUUUGGACUCCUCCUUUUAAAAUAGAAGCACAAUUUGUCCAUACCCUUCUAAAAACAGGAAACAAAGUUUAACUGUUAAGAUUCUUAAUGAGUUUGAUCAAACAAAUCAAAAUAAAUGUGUCUUAUUCAUUAAAUGCAUGUACAAGUUUUAGUUGUGCCCUUUACAAGUUAUGUCUCCAUUGUUUCCAUUUGAGAUUUGUAUUUUGUGCAAGAGUAAAAUCAUAUAUUGAUGAAAGAUUGUAAGAAUACUUGAAGAAUUGCAUUGAAAACUGUGAUAAGUUACGGUACAUAUUUUGUAAAUAAUAGUGGUACUGCUAUAGCAUGCUGUUGUGUUCAGUGAGAGAGUUCUUAUGUAUGAAAGAAUGUUAUUGUUGGGCUUCAUUAGCAGGUCACCCGAGUUAAACAACAUUUUGUAUUCUCUGAUCAUGUAAAUAGAUAUAAGAAUACAGUAUUUAUGGUGCAUUUAGAUUUGACAUGUUGUACUGUACACAAGAUACAGUAAAACACGCUUAUAAUGAAGUGCCAGGGUUGGAAGAUUUUGCUUCAUUAUUUAUCUGUCAAGUUCACAAUAUGUUCUAAAGCCAAUGGGAAUGAAUUCAUUUCACUGUAAGCAUCAGUAUAUUAUGUGUGUUUGCUAUAAGUGUGUUUUACUGUAUACUUUGUAUAUUUCAUUUGACAGAGAUAUACAUGUAUUAUCUGUAAUACAUAAUGCAAGAAUA